GCAAUACACGAAUACCAGCUGAACAUAUACUGCUACUUUAUACACAUGCCAAUGUUUGUUAUGAUCUGCUUGGUGUAAAAAUCGUUAGUAACGCACCGGCAGCGAGCCUAACACAUCAUGAAUUCUUCUACUUCAGUUAUACGCUUGUUUACUAACAAUAAAAUUAGUGGAUGUUUCUAUAAUCGGCUGUGUCAAAAUGUAAAAUGUGCAAGUUCUAUAAAAUCAACAUUUUCUACGUCUGCAUGUCCUGUAGACCAUCAAGCUGCGACGGAAUCAAAACCAGAAAAUUGGUCUACAGCUAAACCAUUUAACUCGAUACCAGGACCCAAACCUUUACCUAUUAUUGGGAAUUCAUAUUGGUUUGUUUUUCUCCGGGAUUUUGUCAAAUUAAGCGUUUACAUGCGUAAAAAUUACGGUGACAUCGUAAAUUUGUCAAACAUCAUCAAUUUCGGUAACAUACUCUUUCUCUUCAACGUUCGUGACAUCGAAUGGAUGCUGAGGAAUGAAGGACAAUGGCCGAUGCGAAUUGUUAUGCCCUCCAGCAAAAUCUACCGUCAUGAAUUGCGAAAGGAUCGUUUUGGUGACACUUAUGGAUUACUUAAUGGGCAAAAUAAAGAUUGGGGUUCAUUUCGAACCGCAGUAAACCCAAUCAUGAUGCAACCCCGAGUAACAACCCAAUAUAUCCCGGAAUUGAACCAAAUCGCUGAUGAAUUCUUGUCGCACGUGCGAUUAUAUAAAGAAAGCAAUCCACAAGGCGAGAUGCCUGCUGACUUUGUACAAGAACUCAACAAAUGGGCGUUUGAAUCAAUUGUUUACAUUGCUUUAGAUACUCGUUUGGGAUGUCUUGGUAGGAAACCAACGGAAAAGUCUCGGAAUGCAAUUGAGUACACACAACAAUUGAUGAAACUCACCACGGAUCUGGACUUGAAUCCACUUGGAUAUAUUUAUAAAAAAUUCAAAACGCAGACAUGGAAAAAUUACAUUAAGUAUCAGGACUUUUUCACAGAUCUAGCUAUGGAACUGAUUAAUGAUGUGGAUCAAAGAAUGAAAUCUAGCCCAGAAAAACCUGAGCAUGAGAAGUCUGUGUUCGAAAAACUGGUGGCAAAAGAUAAGAAGAUUGCAAUGGUGAUGACACUGGACAUGUUAGCAGCCGGAAUAGAAACAACUGGCAAAGCGACUGGUGCUGCCCUCUACUACCUUGCCAAGAACAAAGACGCGCAAACCAAACUCCGCGAGGAAUUGUGUCGUCUCCUACUCAAAAACACUCCACUUACCAAAGAUAUACUUGAAGAUGCUAAAUAUUUGAAAGCCACAAUCAAAGAAACUCUAAGACUUGCUCCGAUAGCCCAUUCAACAGUUAGAGUAACACAAGAAAAUAUGGUCAUUGGUGGAUAUCAAAUACCACCGGAAGUAUUAAUAAUGAUGCCGCAUAUUUACUUAUCAACUGGUACAGAUGAACACUUUACUAACCCGUUGGAGUUCAGACCAGACCGGUGGAUGAGAGGUGCUGAUGGUACUGCGAACCAAGUGAAUGCGUUUGCUAAUUUGCCUUUUGGAUUCGGUGUUAGGAGUUGUAUUGGAAAGCGCAUGGCACAAAUGGAGAUAGAAAUAAUGCUAUCGAAGAUUGUAAGAAACUUUUAUAUGGACUGGACUCAUCCAGAUAUGACAUUCAAACAGGAAAUGGCCUACGGUAUUGCGGAUCCAUUGAAGAUUCAAUUAAAGGAUUAUGGCUGCCGUUUCCGGCGAUUUAGUCUGUUUUCCGCCUUAGACGCUAUGGGUGAGAACGCACCUAGCAGAUCGUCGGAUCCUAUCAACAUGGAUGGAUCGUCAGGUUCGCGCGUUCGCACACAAAGUGAAUGUUCAGCUGCUAGUGAGGAUGGUACUUCCGGGAUUGGUUCUGGUAAAAGACAAAGAACCACAUCCCAAACAUUCAUGGUAACAUCCGCGUUGACAGCCGCCUCGCCACCAAAGUUCGUUUCACUCGAAGAAAUCAUGCAAGCUGCCAAUGGCAUGAAAGACAUGGCGUUAGUCCAUGAAAUCGUUGUCGAUAACGAGUUUAGAUUGGAGCGCUACGAGCCCCCAGAGAACACUCUACACCGCGCAGUCAAAGAUAACAUGCAUCGGGCUUUCUGGGAAAUGCUCAGAAAGGACUUCUCGAAGGAUCCCCCAAAUUAUACUCAUGCUUUGGUUCUGUUGGAAGAUGUAAAAACGGGUCUCUUUGAUCUGUUAUUGCCUCAACACACGAAACUCCGUCAACAAAUUUCGGAAAUUCUUGACAGUGAAUUGAUCAAGCAACAAGUUGAGCAGGGUGUUUUUGAUUUCAAGCAUUAUUCUCAGUAUGUUAUUUCUGUCAUGGGCAAUAUGUGUGCUCCUGCUCGAGAUGACAGAAUUAAAGAGUUAACUGAAAUGACCGACGUUGUGGACACGUUCAGAGGUAUUUUGGAGAUGCUGGAUGUCAUGGCGUUGGAUAUGGCCAACACCAUGAUUCAAUUCACCAAACCUGAAAUAAUCGCACAGAGCAUUCAAUUGGAGAGGAAGAAAUUUGCUGAUUACUUAGCCAUUCAAACAGAUGGUUUGGAAUUCACACGUAAAUGGAUCCUCAGGAAUCUCACAGUAAAAACAAAUGAGAAUCAGGAUCGCGUGACGUUCGUUCGAAAUCACAUCAGGGAGACACUGCAGAAAGCAAUGUUGGAGUUGUUGGAAUGGGAUCAAAACGAACCUUAUCCCGAAACUUUUAUGUUGGACGAGACGCGAAUGAGAACAUUGCAGACUGAAACGGAGAAGAUUAUUCUUGUGGGGACAAUCAUACUGAUUGUUUUCGUAAAUGUCGGAUCUGAUUUAGACUCUAACGCUGCUUUUAAGGCUCAGGUCAAGGAACAUCUUUUAAUUAUUAUGCAGUCUUACAAAUCACCAAGUGAUGUGAGUGAUCUAUUAGCGAACAUCAGUAUUCAAGUAAUCAAAGAUAUUAAGGAAUACCAACAAAAACACUCACUGACGCCGAUCACCGAAGAAAAGGAGAAGAUAAUCACAAAUCUAGUUCUGGAUGUGGGCACAGACGAUCAUAAGAUCAAGGGAAUGGUGCGAAAACGGGUGCUGGAGUUUAUCGGCGAAAUUAUAAUUUCCUGCACAGCGGCGCCGCAACAAGUGCCUACCGGUUUGACACAACUGCAGAAGGAACUGACUGCAAUCGUCGGGCAGUAUCUACGUAUCAUUUCGCACAACACGACCGUGUUUUGCAUUUAUUACAAUGACAUCAUCGAGAAGGCACUGCCCGCGCCGACGACGACGGCGACCACCACGAGUGCUCCCGCUUAAGUAUGCUUACAAUUAAAACAACUAACCAUGAGGCAACUAACAACACUGUAUACUAUACUCGAGCUUUAUAUAAACUGAACGAGUCACUGAGAUGACAGCACGGCGAACAAUUUGUUUAAUUUUCUAACACAUUUGUGAAGUACUUGUUUUCUAUUUGUAGUUCAAUUUCUAGUUCAAUUAUUUUUAUGUAAUUCUACAUACAUUGCUUUUGAGCUUUAUUAUAAUUUCGAAUACUUUUAUAUUUUAAGUUGAAUUUAGGUGUAGUGAUGUAAAUUCAAUUAUAUUUAGAGGCGGGUGUUUGUUUCGAUACAGAAAACAACUGAUAAAAAUAUGUUAUGGUACUCACAAGCACACUGGCCACACUGAAUUAAUACGAUUAAUAUUUAUGGUGAAUACUUACAAGUAGAUUGCGUAUUGUGGAUUAAUCAACGAAAUUUAUCGUAAACAUGCAUGGAGAAAAUUGUGUCAACGUGUCGAAAUUUAUUAUGGCGACAUGUUGACGAGUGAAUGUUUGGUUCAACUUUGUGAUAUUUUCAUUUACGUGGAUGUUUGAAACGUUGUGAAGGGAAAAUAAAUAUAUUCUAAGUA